ACAAAUCUUAAAACCUGACUUUUCAAUGAGACCGAAAAACCCAAAACGCGAUCUCAAUCUCAAAGCCACUGAGCUCUCUCCCUCUCUGUCACUGUUCUCUUCAUUUCGAUUUCUCUAUGGUGCGCUUCACUGUCUCCUCUCCAAGCCAUGAAAUCUAAAACAACAAAACAAGCCCUAACAUUCCCUCUCCAGAUCCGAGCUCACUGAGUCACGGGCCUCACUCACCUUCCUGACUCGGGAAUGGCUUCCUCGGAAGCCGAUUCCCGGUUAAGCCAAGUAGUAUGCCCUGCUUUAGAAAAAAUCGUCAAAAACGCAUCGUGGCGUAAACACUCGAAAUUAGCACACGAAUGCAAAUCCGUCCUCGAGAUUCUCACUUCUCGUAAACCCCAACAACAACCUCCUCCGACUUCCCCGUCCGACGACUCCUCAUCCGAAUCCUCUCUCCUUGGCCCGCUCCACGACGGCGGGUCCAUCGAGUACUCCCUCGCGGAAUCUGAAUCUAUCCUCAGCCCUCUGAUCAACGCGUGCAACACUCAAUUCCUCAAGAUCGUCGAUCCAGCCGUUGAUUGCAUCCAGAAAUUGAUCGCGCAUGGGUACCUACGUGGCGAGGCGGACUCCACCGGAGGUACUGAAGCGAAAUUGCUAGCUAAGAUGAUUGAAUCUGUGUGUAAAUGUUAUGAUUUAGGGGAUGAUGGUGUUGAAUUGCUGGUUUUGAAAACCCUAUUGUCAGCCGUUACGUCGAUUUCGUUGAGAAUUCAUGGAGAUUGUUUGUUACAAAUAGUGAGAACUUGUUAUGACAUUUAUUUAGGGAGUAAAAAUGUAAUUAAUCAAACGACGGCGAAAGCGUCUUUGAUUCAAAUGUUAGUUAUUGUGUUUAGGAGAAUGGAGGCUGAUUCUUCGACGGUUCCGGUUCAGCCGAUUGUUGUGGCUGAAUUAAUGGGACCAGUGGAGAAAACGGAUGUGGAUGGGUCAAUGGCGGUGUUUGUUCAAGGUUUUAUAACGAAAAUUAUGCAGGAUAUAGAUGGGGUUUUUAAUCCGGGGACACCCAGUAAGUCUUCGAUGACAGUGGCACAUGAUGGGGCUUUCGAGACCACUUCUGGUACGGUGGAGAGUACAAAUCCGGCAGAUUUGCUUGAUUCGACGGAUAAGGAUAUGUUAGAUGCCAAAUAUUGGGAAAUUAGUAUGUAUAAGACGGCUUUGGAAGGCAGGAAAGGGGAGUUGGCUGAUGGGGAAGGGGAGAGGGAUGAUGACUUGGAAGUGCAGAUUGGGAAUAAGUUGAGGAGAGAUGCAUUUUUGGUUUUUCGAGCACUUUGUAAGUUAUCUAUGAAAACUCCGCCCAAAGAAGCAUUGGUGGAUCCACAGUUGAUGAGAGGGAAGAUUGUUGCAUUGGAGUUAUUGAAGAUUUUGUUGGAGAAUGCUGGUGCUGUGUUUAGGACUAGUGACAGGUUCUUAGGUGCCAUCAAGCAAUAUCUAUGUCUUUCACUGUUGAAGAACAGCUCGUCAAGUCUUAUGAUCAUUUUCCAGCUUUCUUGCUCCAUUUUCAUUAGUUUGGUUUCAAGGUUCAGAGCUGGACUGAAAGCAGAAAUUGGAGUAUUUUUUCCUAUGAUUGUUCUCAGGAUUCUUGAAAAUGUUGUUCAACCUAAUUUUCAGCAGAAGAUUAUAGUACUUCGGUUUCUAGAUAAGCUCUGUGUUGAUUCCCAGAUCUUGGUAGAUAUUUUUAUUAAUUAUGACUGUGAUAUCAACUCAUCAAACAUAUUUGAGAGAAUGGUCAAUGGACUUCUUAAAACUGCACAAGGUGCCCUGCCUGGUACUGCCACUACACUGUUGCCACCUCAGGAGGUGACCAUGAAACUUGAAGCUAUGAAGUCCUUAGUGGCUAUUCUGAAAUCAAUGGGAGACUGGAUGAAUAAACAAUUGUGCAUUCCCGAUCCUCAUUCUGCCAAGAAACCUGAUGCAGCCGAAAACAGUCCUGGGCCUGGAAGUCUUCCCAUGACAAAUGGUAAUGGGGAUGAGUCCGUUGAAGGAUCAGAUUCUCAUUCCGAAACCUCAACUGAAGCAUCGGAUGUUUCAACUAUUGAGCAACGACGGGCUUACAAGCUGGAAUUUCAGGAAGGUAUAUCUCUUUUCAAUCGGAAGCCUAAGAAAGGAAUUGAAUUUCUAAUCAAUGCAAAUAAAGUGGGGAAUUCAGCAGAAGAGAUAGCAGCCUUUCUUAAAAACACAUCUGGCUUGAACAAGACACUGAUUGGCGAUUACCUUGGGGAAAGAGAAGAUUUUUCACUGAAAGUAAUGCAUGCUUAUGUAGAUUCUUUUGACUUUCGCAGCCUGGAGUUCGAUGAGGCUAUCAGAGUCUUUCUACAGGGCUUUAGGUUACCAGGUGAGGCACAGAAGAUUGAUCGAAUUAUGGAGAAGUUUGCUGAACGUUACUGCAAAUGUAAUCCAAAGGUUUUUAGUAGUGCUGACACAGCCUAUGUCCUUGCUUACUCCAUGAUACUGCUCAACACUGAUGCUCAUAAUCCCAUGGUGAAGAAUAAGAUGUCAGCUGAUGACUUUAUAAGAAACAACCGUGGCAUUGAUGAUGGGAAAGAUCUACCUGAGGAGUACUUGAGAUCUUUGUUUGAAAGAAUAUCAAAAAAUGAGAUCAAAAUGAAAGAAUAUGAUUUAGCUCUCCAACAAAAGCAGUCUUUGAAUUCAAACAGAGUUUUAGGCUUGGAUAGUAUCCUGAACAUUGUGAUCCGCAAGCGGGGUGAAGAAAAGAAUAUGGAAACAAGUGAUGAUCUUAUCAGGCACAUGCAGGAACAAUUUAAAGAAAAAGCUCGAAAAUCUGAGUCAGUUUAUUAUGCUGCAACAGAUGUGGUGAUUCUUAGAUUCAUGGUUGAGGUAUGCUGGGCUCCUAUGCUGGCAGCCUUCAGUGUGCCUCUUGACCAAAGUGAUGAUGAAGUGGUGAUAGCUUUGUGUCUUGAUGGUAUCCGCUAUGCAAUCCAUGUUACUGCUGUGAUGUCCAUGAAGACUCAUAGAGAUGCUUUUGUGACUUCAUUAGCAAAGUUUACAUCGCUCCACUCCCCUGCUGAUAUCAAGCAGAAAAAUAUUGAUGCUAUUAAGGCAAUAGUUACAAUUGCAGAUGAAGAUGGGAAUUAUUUGCAAGAAGCUUGGGAACAUAUUUUGACAUGUGUCUCACGCUUUGAACAUUUGCAUCUCCUGGGAGAGGGUGCUCCUCCAGAUGCCACCUUUUUUGCUUUUCCCCAAAAUAACUCUAAAAAGUCAAAACAAAGCAAGUCAACCAUCCUCCCUGUUCUGAAAAAGAAGGGACCUGGGAGGAUGCAGCAUGCCGCUGGUAGUGUGCUGAGAGGUUCAUAUGAUAGUGCUGGUAUUGGUGGAAAUGGUGCUGGGGCUGUCACAAGUGAGCAGAUGAACAAUUUAGUUUCCAACUUAAACAUGUUAGAGCAAGUUGGCAGUUCUGAGAUGAACCGCAUCUUCACACGGAGCCAAAAGUUAAACAGCGAGGCAAUAAUUGACUUUGUGAAGGCUCUUUGCAAGGUUUCUGUGGAGGAAUUGAGAUCAGCUUCUGAUCCACGGGUCUUUAGCCUUACAAAGAUUGUUGAGAUUGCGCACUAUAACAUGACUCGCAUCAGGCUUGCAUGGUCAAGCAUCUGGCAUGUGCUUUCUGAUUUCUUUGUAACCAUCGGCUGUUCUGAAAACCUUUCAAUUGCAAUUUUUGCAAUGGACUCUUUACGCCAAUUAUCAAUGAAAUUCUUAGACCGAGAAGAGUUGGCAAACUAUAAUUUUCAGAAUGAGUUUAUGAAGCCGUUUGUUAUUGUUAUGCGGAAGAGUAAUGCUGUUGAAAUCAGAGAAUUGAUUAUCAGAUGUGUCUCACAAAUGGUCCUGUCUCGUGUCCAUAAUGUUAAAUCUGGAUGGAAGAGCAUGUUCAUGGUUUUCACAACAGCAGCUUAUGAUGACCACAAAAACAUUGUACUCUUGGCCUUUGAAAUAAUUGAAAAGAUUAUUAGAGAUUACUUCCCAUACAUUACGGAGACUGAAACAACCACCUUUACUGAUUGUGUGAAUUGCCUGAUAGCAUUCACCAAUAGUAGAUUCAACAAAGACAUUAGCCUUAAUGCAAUUGCUUUUCUUCAAUUCUGUGCCACGAAACUUGCUGAAGGAGAUCUGGGAUCUUCAUCAAGGAACAAAGACAAGGAAACCUCUGUAAAGAUUUCAUCCCCUUCACCUCGGACCGGAAAAGAUGGAAAACAAGAGAAUGGAGAUAUCAAAGACAAGGAAGAUCAUCUUUAUUUCUGGUUCCCUCUGUUGGCUGGUUUAUCAGAACUUAGCUUUGACCCAAGGCCUGAAAUCAGGAAGAGUGCCUUGCAAGUACUGUUUGAAACUUUACGCAAUCAUGGUCAUCUUUUUUCUCUGCCUUUAUGGUAAAGAGUCUUUGAGUCGGUCUUAUUUCCUAUAUUUGACUAUGUGCGGCAUGCUAUUGAUCCUCCUGGAGGCAACUCCCCUGAGCAGGGGAUUGAUGGUGAUAUGGGUGAACUUGAUCAAGAUGCGUGGCUCUAUGGGACAUGUACCUUGGCUCUCCAACUGGUUGUAGAUCUUUUUGUGAAAUUCUACAAUACUGUCAAUCCGCUUUUAAGAAAGGUGCUAUCGCUUCUGGUUAGCUUCAUUAGGCGUCCUCACCAAAGUCUUGCUGGUAUUGGUAUUGCGGCAUUUGUGCGUUUGAUGAGCAAUGCUGGAGAUAUGUUUUCAGAGGAGAAGUGGCUGGAAGUGGUUUUGUCAUUGAAAGAGGCUGCCAAUGCAACACUACCUGAUUUCUCUUACAUUGUAAGUGGGGAAUCAUCGGUAAUAUCCUAUGAACAAAAUAAUGUAGAGACUGCUGGAUCUGACAUGCCCGAAGAUGAAUCAGAGGGACUGGUGGCACACCGUCUUUAUGCUUCUAUAUCUGAUGCAAAGUGUCGAGCUGCUGUUCAACUUCUGUUGAUUCAGGCAGUGAUGGAGAUCUACAGCAUGUACCGGUCUCAUCUUUCAGCAAAGAGUGCCUUGGUGCUCUUUGAUGCUUUGCAUGAGGUGGCAUCCCAUGCUCACAGCAUCAACACAAAUACAACAUUACGUUCAAAACUACAAGAGCUUGGCUCUAUGACCCAAAUGCAAGACCCUCCACUGUUACGCCUGGAGAAUGAGUCCUAUCAAAUUUGCCUCACAUUCUUACAAAAUCUUAUGCUGGACAGACCUCCAACCUUUGAUGAAGCUGAAGUGGAAUCCUGCCUUGUCAACCUCUGUGAAGAGGUUUUACAGUUUUACGUUGUAACUGCCUGUUCUGGACAGACACCAGAAACUUCUACCAGUGGACAAUGCCUGUGGCUGAUUCCUUUAGGUUCUGGAAAACGAAGGGAAUUGGCUGCACGUGCACCUCUUAUUGUUGCAACUCUCCAGGCCAUCUGUAGUUUGGGAGACUCUUCAUUUGAGAAGAAUUUGCCUCAUUUCUUCCCUCUUCUUUCGAGUUUGAUAAGUUGUGAGCAUGGGUCAAAUGAGGUCCAGGUAGCUCUCAGUGACAUGCUCAGUUCAUCAGUGGGUCCUGUUUUGCUUCGGUCUUGUUGAUCUGGGUGCAUUUUGGGUUGUUCAUAUACGUUGUGUCCUUCUGAGUUGUCUUUUUCUUCAUUUGCUUUAUUAUAAUUUGUUACUGGAGAUAUAGAUUCAUAGAGUAUGAAGAGGUAGAUGAUUCUGGAUCAGCCAAUACUUCUGAACGUUGCUGUAGUUAAUUCAGGAGCUUGGCUCUUUGUUCAGAAUUCAUAGAUGUCAUCAGUUUUGGUGUUGUAUGGUAGUCAUAUAUUUAUUUUCCAAGCUUCCUGUCAAGAAACUUUAAAACAAUAAUUUCCUGUAAAAAUUUGCCUAUUCAGAAUGUGAGGUAGAAGUUGUUUUCA